GUGCGCGAGAAACGUGUCGACAGUAAACGAGUCUCUGAACGGAUCGUCGUUGUCGAUGGUGAAAUGAUCCUCUAGCCCGAGGUUUUUGGCUUGGUCCGCUCGGACAAAGAGGAAGACCAUUUGUAUAUUGCUGCUCCUCGAGGGAUCGUACGCUUGUUCAUCCGUAGAAAACAUCAUUAAACGCUGACGUCGCGGAAUUCGUCCCGUGUCGUUUUCUUUCGUGGCAAGCGUCGAACAUCCAACGACUGACUAGCGACCAUCACGCACGCGUGUCUUUGUUUUUUUUUUCUCUCGGUGCUGAAUAACUGUUCGGUACGGGAAAACAGAGAGUGUGUUAUAUCACAGUGGUGAAAGACUGAUUCGUUCGUGGGUUCUGCUGUGGUAAAUAAUCCGUGGCAGUCAGAGGCCCUUCCUAAACGACAAUCGAGCUCAGCUGAUUCAAGGACUUGCUGCGAAGGGCUCUGCUGCGUUAAUAGACGAGAUAAAUAUGUCGUCCCCCAGCGCUGGAAAACGACGUAUGGACACGGACGUUCUCAAAUUAAUAGAAAGCAAGCAUGAGGUGACGAUACUAGGAGGAUUAAAUGAAUUUUCCGUGAAAUUCUACGGGCCAGCAGGCACGCCUUACGAGGGUGGAAUAUGGAAGGUGAGGGUUCACUUGCCCGAGCACUACCCCUUCAAAUCUCCUUCGAUCGGCUUUAUGAACAAGGUGUACCACCCUAACAUUGACGAAGUCUCAGGCACGGUGUGUCUAGACGUAAUAAACCAGGCCUGGACUGCCCUUUACGAUUUAUCGAAUAUUUUCGAAUCUUUCCUGCCCCAAUUGUUAACAUAUCCUAAUCCAAUCGACCCCUUAAAUGGCGAUGCGGCGGCCAUGUAUCUACAUAAACCUGAGGAGUACAAGAAGAAGGUAGCAGAUUACGUGAAGAAAUACGCGACGGAGGAGGCGUUAAGGGACCAGGAGGACGGCGGUACCGAAAACAGGGUGUCGUCCGACAGCGAGUCUUCGAUGAGCGACUUCAGCGAGGACGAGGCGCAGGACAUGGAGUUGUAACCAAAUAUUUUACCAUCCGUACCCAUAUCCUUAAUCUCGGUUCCCUGUAAACUCCGAUCGCUCGUCCUACCAAAUAGAUGCUUACAUUUCGAACCUCCGAACCUCACUAUCGGUUUAGCUACGUGGCACACUCGUCACUUUGUUUCGUAGGGGAACGUUGAACCGCGACCAGGUUGUUGUUAUAAUUAUCGGGAGGUAGACACGAAGGAAAAGUCGAAAGAAAGAAAGAAAAAGAAAACAAAAGAGGAAAGGAAACAAAAAAAAAAAAAGA